AUGGGUAAUGAGCAGUCUCAUGGGGGUAAACAAAUUGUAAUUAAUGAACAACAGAUUGCAAAGUUACCAUAUAAUGUAGGUGACCUUAGUGAAGUUACCUUAAUGAACUUAGAUAAAAACUUAUUUAAAAAAUUACCUACAGAUUUACAGUCCCUUGUUGUAUUAUCGAUGCAGUACAACGAGCUAUCUGAAGACACUACAGAUGUUGUCAAUGCAAUUAGCUCCUUUAAGAAAUUACAAUCUUUAGAUAUAAGCAAUAACUUGUUUUCCCUUUAUCCGGAGGGAUUCAAUGCUUUACAUGGACUAAGGAAAUUAGUAAUGAACAACAACAAGGUUAUGGAUUUCAACAUGUGCUAUCCAAAGCUCGAAUAUCUUGAUAUUUCACAAAAUCAGCUUCAAAGACUUCCUCCCCUUCCAAACACAAUCAAAGAAUUACAUAUAGGUUUUAACCACUUUGAUAAAAUUGAGUUAAUGCACCAAAAACUUACAGUUUUAAAGAUUUCCCUUUGCGAUAUUAAAGAAAUUGGAGUUUUCAAUCUACCUUCGCUACAGGAACUUGAUUUAUCACGUAAUAAACUUACAAAAUACCCCGAUUUUGUUAAGUGCACGCCAAAUCUGAAAAUUUUACAUCUUUCAGAUAAUUUUUGCCCAGAAAUACCAAAAUUACCAAAUACAAUUACACAAUUUUUCUUUUGCUACAAUAAUUGCCUAUUUAUUCCCGAUCACAUUGCUAAUUUACCAAAAUUAAAACAUCUUGAUGUCAGUUUCAACAAAAUCAAGGUUGUUAAGAACUUGCCAUCAUCACUUGUCUAUUUUAUUGCAUCAGAGAACGACUUCGAAACAGUUUCCCUUGACAAACUCGAAAAUUUGGAAUAUUUCUUCGUUGAAAGGAACCACUUAACACAUAUCCCUAAUAUCAGCAUGCCAAAACUCAGGAAAAUGAACGUAUCAUGCAAUGAACUCGAAACAUUCGAGUCUACAUUGCCAAAUUUGGAAAAAUUAUUACUUCAAUUUAAUAAUUUAACAGAAAUCCCAGAAUGGGUCUACAAAUGCAAGAAUUUGAAGAUCGCAAACUUCAAUCACAACAAAAUUACGCAGAUUUCGCCUUCAUUUUCCAAAUCAAAAAUCAAAGAAUUUUCAAUUUCGUUCAACAGAGUUUUACAGAUUCCACAACUAUCCAAACACAUAGAGGACCUAUCAUGCUCAUUCUGUGGCCUCAAAACAUUACCUUCUGGCGGUGAAAAUUUGAAGAAAAUCAUCGCAGGAAACAAUUUAAUUGAAAAAGUGCCAAUUUAUCCAUCAAUUCUCGAAAUCCAUCUAUGUACUAACAAGCUUACAGAAUUUCCUGAGAUUAAUGAUCAGACUAUCACCGUAGAUGUAUCCAGGAACAAAAUAACACAAGUUCCUCUCCAAAAAAUCCAAAAAUUAAGAGAAUUAGAUGUAUCUUACAACAAAAUCUCGAAAUUCGAGCAGAUCAAGUUACCAUACAUCUUCUCAUUAAAGAUUGGACACAAUCCUCUCUCAUUUGCCUUUGAUCAUACUUUAUAUCCAAAUUUGAAUUUCUUGGAUGUAAUUGCUACUGAUAUUUCAUUCACAGAUGAGAAGCCACCAAUCAUGAACAUCCAUGUAUCCAAGAACAAGCUCAAAACUCCUCAUUGCAUGCUGAAUUUGACUUUUAAUUGGUUAUCUUUUUGCGAAAUGAGAGGAACACGCGACACUGUUGAAGACAUGUUUGUUUGCAAGGCCAAUCCAGUCGAUAACCAAGCUUGCAUGGCCAUUUUCGAUGGACAUGGCGGUUCUAAAACAUCUUAUUAUGCUUGUGGCGUUUUUAUUAAACUUUAUACAAGUGCAAAAAUGAUUUUCUCCAAACAAUGGUUGAGAGGAACAAUGCGAGGUAUCUCAGAAAGUGUCAAGACUAAGUUGUUCCCUGAUGGAUCAACAGCAGCUGUAGCAAUGUUUAAAGAUAGAAAAUUGAUAACUUCGACAAUUGGAGAUUCGAGAAUCAUCGUGAUGACAGAAGAUGGAAAAUUAAAAUACGAAAACAGAGUGCAUAAACCAACACAAAGAGAAGAGUUCGAAAGAGUACAUGAAGCCGGUGGUUCUGUUUAUGGAUUUAGAUUGCAAAAUUCAUUGGCUUUGUCUAGAACUAUGGGUGAUAUCGCUGUUCCUGGAAUUUCAGCUGAAUCUGAAGAGGAUGAAGUGAAUCUUGAUGAAGAAGAUCGAUGGGUAAUCGUUGGUUGCGAUGGUGUUUUCGAUGAAUUACCAAUGAGUUUCGUUGGGGAACUUUGUAAAAAAGCAAAAAGUGCAAUUGGUUUGUCUCACAGUCUUAGAACGGCUGCUUUCGCUGCUAGGUCGCAAGAUAAUAUUACUGUGGUUGCACUUGAUGUAAAGACACUAUACAGUAAGGUUGAAUUGGCUUCUGACAUGAAUUCAACAAUGAGAGAAUAA